CAGCGGCAGCAGAGCUGGUGGGGAGGAGAGGAGCAUUUGAUCCGUGUCUGUAUGCAUGCACUCCCCGCCCCCUGUGGCUCCUUCACCGGAGAACAAAAGACGGACAAACUGCUUGAUCACAGGCGCCAUCCCCGCUGCUUCUCCUGCACAAUCUAAGCUGCAGACCGGGGUUUAUUAGCUAGAUGCUCAGUUCAGCCUGCUAGCCUUUGUGGCAGGGCUCUCCUUGCACUCAGAAGCAGGCUGGGAGAAGCCUCACCUCCUUUGCAUUGACACUAGAUCACCAUCAGAGACUGCGCAGACUGUGGAGCAUCUUCCUCCCCCGGGCUCGGUUCUCCUGCUCCUCGCCUUGCGCGCAGCGCCCCGCAGCCUGACAGCCGCUCAGGGGUUGAUGCGCAGCCUUCACCGCAGACAAUGAUGCGCAUCGCGGCCAACGUGUUGGCGGCAGGACUGCUUUUCCUGGGAUCACUGCACAGUUUUGAGAUGGUGGCUCCUUCCAGGGCUGUGGAUGCCCCCAGGAGUUGCAGCCCGAAGCAGUUUGUGUGUAAAGAUGGGGUGACGUGCAUCUCUAAAGGCUGGCGCUGUGAUCGCGAGAAGGACUGUCCAGAUGGAUCAGAUGAGGAUCCUGAUGUUUGUCCACACAGUUCUGUUUCACGCUGCCCACCCAACGAGUACCAGUGUGGGGGGACCGAGCUGUGCAUCCAUAUGAGCAAACUGUGCAACGGGGUCUCAGACUGCACUGACGGCUGGGAUGAGGGACCUCACUGCAGAGUGUAUAUAUCCAACUGUUCGCUGACUGGCUGUCAGGAACACUGUGCGAUCACUCCACAGGGCCCCGCUUGUUACUGUAACAGCGGCUAUGAGAUCAGCCCCGAUGGAAGGACGUGUAAAGACUUUGAUGAGUGCAGUGUGUAUGGGACCUGCAGUCAGACCUGUGCAAACACCAAUGGCUCCUACACCUGUUCCUGUGUGGAGGGAUAUCUGCUGCAGCCAGACAACCGCUCCUGCAAAGCCAAGAAUGUUCCGGUGGAGCGGCUGCCUGUCCUCCUGAUAGCCAACUCCCAGAACAUCCAAGCCACCUCCCUGAGCGGCUCCACGGUCCACAGCCCUCUGUCCAUCAGCACCAAGCAAACCACGGCCAUGGACUUCAUUUAUGCUAAGGAGACCAUCUGCUGGAUUCACAUGGGAGACUCCCCCUCAUCCACACACCUUAAAUGCGCCUCCAUCCCAAACCUGAAGAGCUUCACAGAUGAAAGAGUCAUCAACAUUUCCUUCAGCCUUCACCAUGUUGAACAGAUGGCCAUUGACUGGCUCACCGGAAACUUCUACUUUGUGGACGAUGUGGAUGACAGAAUCUUUGUAUGUGACAAAGAUGGGCAGACCUGCGUAACCCUCCUAGACCAGGAGCUGUACAAUCCUAAAGGCAUUGCUCUGGAUCCAACCAUGGGGAAGGUCUUCUUCACAGAUUAUGGUCAGAUCCCUAAGGUGGAGCGUUGUGACAUGGAUGGCCAGAACCGUACCAAACUAGUCGACACUAAGAUCGUGUUCCCCCAUGGCAUCACCCUGGACCUCGUCAGCAGGCUGGUGUACUGGGCUGAUGCUUACCUGGACUACAUCGAAGUGGUGGACUAUGAGGGCAAGAACCGUCACACCAUCAUCCAGGGGCUACUGAUUGAGCAUCUGUACGGGUUGACUGUGUUUGAGAACUACCUGUAUGCCACCAACUCAGACAAUGCUAACAUGCAGCCUAAAACCAGCGUGAUCCGGAUCAACCGCUUUAACAGCACCGACUACCAAGUAGUGACCAGAGUGGACAAAGGAGGAGCUCUGCAUGUUUACCACCAGAGACGUCAGCCUCCAGUACGCAGUCAUGCCUGCGAGAUGGAUCAGUUUGGAAAGGCUGGAGGCUGCUCAGACCUCUGUCUCCUCGGGAACGGACAUAAGACAAGAACGUGCCGCUGUCGCUCUGGAUUUAGUCUGGGCAGUGAUGGGAAGUCCUGCAAAAAGCCUGAGCAUGAGCUCUUCCUGGUCUAUGGCAAGGGCCGCCCAGGUGUCAUCAGGGGCAUGGACAUGAACGCCAAGGUACCAGACGAAUACAUGAUCCCCAUCGAGAACCUGAUGAACCCCAGAGCUCUCGACUUCCACGCAGGGAGUGAGUUCAUAUACUUUGCCGACGCCACAAACUACAUCAUUGGGCGACAGAAAAUCGACGGAACAGAGAGGGAUACAAUCCUGAAAGAAGGGAUCCACACAGUGGAAGGUAUAGCUGUGGACUGGAUGGGAAACAACUUGUACUGGACGGAUGACGGACCCAAGAAGACCAUCAGCGUAGCUCGGCUGGAAAAGGCCUCCCAGACCCGCAAAACACUCAUUGAGGGGAAAAUGACUCAUCCUCGUGCCAUUGUGGUGGAUCCUCUGCACGGGUGGAUGUAUUGGACAGAUUGGGAAGAGGAUCCCAAAGAGAGCAAAAGAGGCAAAAUCGAGCGGGCCUGGAUGGACGGCUCCAACAGAAACGUCUUCCUGACAAGCAAAACGGUGCUUUGGCCCAACGGACUCAGCCUGGAUAUCCCACAGGGCAUCCUCUACUGGGUGGAUGCCUACUAUGACCGCAUUGAGAUGGUCUAUCUCAACAAUUCUGGACGAAAGACGGUGUACGAAGGUAACGAGCUGAACCACGCCUUCGGCCUCUGCCACUAUAAACACUUCUUGUUCUGGAACGAAUACAGAAGCGGCAGCAUUUACAAACUGGACACCACCACCGGCACGGCCACCCUGCUUCGAAAUGAGCGCCCUCCCAUAUUUGAAAUUCGGAUGUACGAUGCUCAGCAGCAGCAAGGAUCUAAUGAAUGCCGUGUGUUUAAUGGUGGCUGCAGCAGUCUGUGUCUGGCCAUACCAGGAGGCAGACAAUGUGCUUGUGCAGAAGAUCAAAUACUGGACCCAUCUGACAAUACCACUUGCAAAGUCAACCCGUCUUACGCUCCCCCACCUCAGUGCCAGCCAGGGGAGUUUGCCUGCAAGAAUAACCGCUGUAUUCAGGAGCGCUGGAAAUGUGACGGGGAUAACGACUGUCUUGACAACAGUGAUGAGACUCCAGAUUUAUGUCACCAGCACACCUGCCCUGCUGACAAAUUUAAGUGCAAGAACAACCGCUGCAUCCCUCUGCGCUGGCUGUGCGACGGGGACAACGACUGCGGCAACGAUGAGGACGAAUCCAACACCACCUGCUCUGCCCGAACCUGCCCACCCAACCAGUUCUCCUGCACUAGUGGGCGCUGCAUCCCCGUCUCCUGGACGUGUGACCUGGAUGAUGACUGUGGCGAUCGGUCCGAUGAGCCUGCAUCCUGUGCUUACCCCACCUGCUUCCCCCUCACACAGUUUACAUGCAACAAUGGGCGUUGCAUCAACAUCAACUGGCGCUGUGAUAAUGAAAAGGAUUGUGACGACGGCUCUGAUGAGUUGAAUUGUCCAAAGCUGACCGAUAAUGACUGUGGGGAUAACAGUGAUGAAGCUGGGUGUCGGCACUCCUGCUCCACCACUCAGUUCAAGUGUAACAGCGGCCGCUGCAUCCCUAAUUACUGGACCUGUGAUGGAGAUAAUGACUGUGGGGACUACAGCGACGAGACCCAUGCAAACUGCACCAACACGGCCACACGUCCACCCGGUGGUUGUCAUACCGAUGAGUUUCAGUGUCGGAUGGACAGCCUGUGCAUCCCGCUGCGCUGGCGCUGCGAUGGAGACACCGACUGCAUGGACAUGAGUGAUGAGAAGAACUGCGAGGGCGUCACACCCAUGUGUGAUCCAACUGUCAAAUUUGGCUGCAGAGACUCCGCUCGCUGCAUCAGUAAAGCUUGGGUCUGUGACGGCGACAGCGACUGCGAGGACAAUUCGGAUGAGGAAAACUGCGAUGCCCUGGUGUGUAAGCUCUCCCACCACGUGUGUGCCAGCAACACUACCAUCUGCCUGUCUGCAGAGAAAAUCUGCAACGGCAUCGACGACUGCCCAGAUGGCUCUGACGAGAAACUUUGCGAUGUUUGCUCUAUGAACAACGGCGACUGUAGCCAUAACUGCACGGUGUCUCCCAUUGAGGGCGUGAUGUGCUCCUGUCCGCUGGGCAUGGAGCUUGGCCCUGACAACAAGACCUGUCAGAUACAGAGCUUCUGCGCCAAACACCUGAAGUGCAGUCAGCGUUGCGAACAGGACAAAUUCAGUGUGAAAUGCUCUUGUUACGAUGGCUGGGAACUUGAGUCAGAUAUGGAGAGCUGCAAGAGCACAGAUCCCUUCAAGCCAUUUAUUAUUUUCUCAAACCGCCAUGAAAUUCGGCGCAUUGAUUUGAACAAGGGGGAGUUCAGUGUCUUGGUGCCCGGCCUCAGAAACACCAUCGCCCUGGAUUUCCAUCUCAACCAGAGUUCCCUCUACUGGACUGAUGUGGUGGAAGACAAGAUCUAUCGUGGAAAGUUGUCUGAGAAUGGAGCUUUAACCAGCUUUGAUGUAGUGAUCCAGUACGGUCUCGCUACACCUGAGGGUCUGGCAGUGGACUGGAUAGCAGGAAACAUUUAUUGGGUGGAAAGCAACCUUGAUCAGAUCGAGGUAGCCAAGUUGGAUGGAACCAUGAGGACUACACUGCUGGCUGGGGAGGUGGAACACCCUAGGGCUAUUGCUCUUGACCCUCGCGACGGAAUUCUGUUUUGGACAGACUGGGACGCCAGUUUGCCGAGGAUUGAGGCUGCAUCCAUGAGUGGUGAAGGCAGGAAGACAAUCCACAAGGAGACGGGCAACGGAGGCUGGCCUAACGGACUCACUGUGGAUUAUCUGGAGCGGCGCAUCCUGUGGAUUGAUGCCAGAUCUGAUGCCAUUUAUUCUGCUAAGUAUGAUGGCUCUGGACUGAUCGAGGUUCUGAGGGGCCAUGAGUACCUCUCGCAUCCGUUUGCGGUCACCAUGUACGGUGGAGAGGUUUACUGGACCGACUGGAGAACCAACACACUUGCCAAGGCAAACAAGUGGACUGGGAACAAUGUGACCGUGGUCCAGAGAACCAAUACACAACCUUUUGACCUGCAGGUCUAUCAUCCAUCCAGACAGCCUCAAGCUCCCAACCCGUGUGCAGCUAAAGAUGGCAAAGAGCCCUGCUCCCACCUCUGCCUGAUCAACUACAAUCAGACUUUCUCAUGUGCUUGUCCUCACCUGAUGAAGUUGGGCCCCGACAGACGGACAUGCUUUGAGUCUCGUCAGUUCCUGCUAUAUGCUCGACAAAUAGAGAUCAGGGGAGUGGACAUUGACAACCCAUACUACAACUACAUCAUCUCCUUCACUGUGCCAGACAUCGACAAUGUGACUGUGGUGGACUACGACGCUCUAGAGCACCGCAUCUAUUGGUCAGAUGUGCGAACAAAAACGAUAAAGAGAGCUUUUAUUAACGGGACCGGAGUCGAGACUGUUGUUUCUGCUGAUCUACCCAAUACACACGGCCUGGCAGUGGACUGGGUGUCUAGGAACCUGUUCUGGACCAGUUAUGAUGCCAAUAAGAAGCAGAUUAACGUCGCCAGACUGGAUGGCUCCUUUAAAAAUGCUGUUAUCCAGGGCUUGGACAAACCACACUGUCUGGUGAUGCAUCCAAUCCUGGGGAAGCUGUACUGGACAGAUGGCGACAACAUCAGUAUGGCCAACACAGAUGGCAGCAACCUCAGGGUCCUCUUCACCAACCAGAAAGGCCCUAUCGGCCUUUCCAUUGACUUUGACACAGAGCAGCUCUACUGGAUCAGUUCAGGAAACAGCACCAUAAACCGCUGUAAACUGGAUGGUUCUGAACUGGAGUUUCUUGAAGCAGCUAAGGGAAAACUCAUCAAGGGAAGCGCUCUGGCUAUUAUGGGGGAUAAGCUGUGGUGGGCAGAUCAGGGAGCUGACCUGAUAGGAACAUGUGAUAAGAAAGAUGGAGGCAACUGGAAAGUCCUGAGAAACAGCACAUCACCCAUGAUGCACAUGAAGAUCUACAACGAAACUGUGCAGAAAGGCACCAAUCUCUGCAGCAAAAACAAUGGAGACUGUUCCCAGCUGUGCCUCCCCACAUCCCCGACCACUAGAGCCUGCAUGUGCACUGCGGGAUACAGUUUACGGACCGGGGAGCAGUCCUGCGAGGGAGUGGGGUCCUUCCUUCUGUACUCUGUUCAUGAAGGCAUUAGGGGUAUUCCUUUGGACCCCUCAGACAAAUCCGAUGCACUGGUUCCAGUUUCUGGCACCUCACUAGCUGUUGGCAUAGAUUUUCAUGCUGAGAAUGACACAAUCUACUGGGUGGAUAUGGGCCUGAGCACCAUCAGCAGAGCCAAGAGGGACCAGACCUGGAGGGAAGACGUGGUUACCAACGGCAUUGGGAGAGUCGAGGGAAUAGCUGUUGACUGGAUAGCUGGAAACAUCUAUUGGACCGACCAAGGGUUUGAUGUGAUCGAAGUGGCUCGACUGAAUGGCUCCUUCCGUUAUGUGGUGAUCUCCCAGGGCCUGGACAAGCCGCGCGCCAUCACAGUACAUCCUGAGAAAGGCUACCUGUUCUGGACAGAAUGGGGUCAGUACCCCCGCAUUGAACGCUCUCGCCUGGAUGGUUCACAGAGGGCCAUUCUGGUCAACGCUAGUAUUAGCUGGCCCAACGGCAUCUCUAUUGACUAUAAGGAGGGUCUGCUGUACUGGUGUGAUGCCAGGACAGACAAGAUUGAGCGAAUUAACUUGGAGACUGGAGAAAACAGGGAGGUGGUGCUGGCCAGCAAUAACAUGGACAUGUUCUCUGUUUCUCUGUUUGAGAGCUACAUCUACUGGAGUGAUAGGACACAUGCUAAUGGUUCUAUUAAGAGAGGCAGUAAAGAUAAUGCAACAGAAUCCGUCUCUCUGAGAACUGGUAUUGGGGUGCAGCUUAAAGAUAUCAAGGUUUUCAACAGAGCCAGGCAGCAAGGAACAAAUGUUUGCAAAGUGAAAAAUGGCGGCUGCGAACAGCUUUGUCUUUACCGUGGCAACGGCCAGCGAACAUGCGCCUGCGCUCAUGGCAUGCUAGCGGAAGAUGGCUGCCGAUGCCGCGACUAUGACGGAUACCUUCUCUAUUCGGAGCGCACCAUACUAAAGAGCGUCCACCUGUCGGACGAGAACAACCUGAACGCGCCCAUAAAGCCGUUUGAAGAUCCCGAUCACAUGAAGAACAUCAUAGCGCUGACAUUUGAUUAUAGAGGAGGAGGCGGUAAAGGAGCAAACCGCAUCUUCUUCAGCGACAUUCACUUCGGUAACAUCCAGCAGAUCAGCGAUGAUGGGUUGGACCGCAGAACCAUUGUAGAGAAUGUGGGCUCUGUGGAAGGUCUGGCAUACCACAGGGGCUGGGAUAUGUUAUACUGGACCAGCUUCACCACCUCAACCAUCACCCGUCACACUGUGGACCAAAGCCGCUGGGGCGCUGUCGAUCGGAACGUCGUGGUCACCAUGUCUGGAGACGACCACCCAAGGGCCUUCGUGCUUGACGAGUGUCAGAGCCUGAUGUUUUGGACCAAUUGGAAUGAGCAGUCUCCCAGCAUCAUGCGUGCAACACUAGCAGGUUCAAACGUCCUGGUGAUCAUUAACACACAUAUCAGAACCCCCAACGGGCUGGCCAUCGACCACCGAGCUGAGAAGCUGUAUUUCUCAGAUGCCACUCUUGACAAGAUUGAGCGUUGCGAGUAUGACGGCAGCCGGAGAUACGUGGUGCUAAAGAACGAGCCGGUUCAUCCGUUUGGCCUGGCUGUAUACGGAGACUACAUCUUCUGGACAGACUGGGUCAGGAGGGCUGUGCUUAGGGCUGACAAAUACACUGGUGGUGAAAUGAAGGUGUUGCGUGCUGACAUCCCCCAGCAGCCCAUGGGUAUUGUCGCUGUGGCCAAUGACACCAACAGUUGUGAGUUCUCUCUGUGUCGCUUCAAUAACGGAGGAUGUCAGGACCUCUGUCUGCUGAGCUCUGAAGGAAGAGUUACCUGCAGCUGCCGAGGCGACCGAAAGCUUCUGGAAGACAACACCUGCACUGGCGUCAACUCCACGUGUACUGGCGUCGAUGAGUUUGAGUGUGGAAACGGAGACUGCGUCAACUACACUCAGACUUGUGAUGGCGUGGCUCACUGCAAAGACAAGUCUGACGAGAAACAGUCCUACUGUGCUAAUCGCGUGUGCAAGAAGGGCUACAGGCGGUGUGCAAAUGGACGCUGCGUGGGGCAUAAUUCCUGGUGCAAUGGGCAGGAUGACUGUGGAGACAAUUCGGAUGAAAUCUUCUGCAACACCACGCUGUGCUCAGCCGAUCAAUUCCAGUGCAGAGACGGAAGCUGCAUCUCCAACUCCAGCAAGUGUAACCAGAAGGUUGACUGUGAGGACGCCAGUGAUGAGAUGAACUGCCCUCCGACGGACUGUUCCUCUUACUUCCGUCUGGGAGUGAAGAGCGUGACGUUUCAGAAGUGUGAGUUCACUACGCUGUGCUACGCCCUCACCUGGCAGUGCGAUGGGGCCAAUGACUGCGGGGACUUCUCAGAUGAAAAGAACUGCCCUGGGGCCGGUAGGACAAAGUGUGCUUUACCCUACUUUGGGUGUCCGAGCGGCCGCUGCAUUCCGAUGAGCUGGACAUGUGACGGCGAAAAUGACUGCGAGAAAGGUGCCGACGAAGAAAACUGCGAUAAGGUCUGCUCUCCGUCACAGUUUGAGUGUAAGAACCACCGCUGCAUUUACAGCCGCUGGGUGUGUGACGGCGCUGACGACUGCGGAGACAACAGCGACGAGGGCGCUCACUGCAAGAAUAAAAGCUGCAGUCCAGGAACAUUUCGCUGUCCUGGAUCAAAUGUGUGCAUUCCCCAGCGUUGGAAGUGUGACGGCGACAAAGACUGCCCUGAUGGGGCCGAUGAGAGUGUCACAGCAGGAUGUGUCUUUAACGACACAUGCAGCGGUGAUGAGUUCAUGUGCCAAAGCCGGGAAUGUAUCCCCAAGCACUUUGUGUGUGACCAUGACAGAGACUGCAGAGAUGGCUCAGAUGAGUCCCCGGAGUGCUACUACCCUCCAUGUGGUCCUGACAGUUUCCGCUGCUCUAACGGAAGCUGUCUGAUGCAUAAGUCCUGGGAGUGUGAUGGCGAGUUCGACUGCCAUGACCAUUCAGACGAAGCCCCGUUAAACCCUCACUGCUUAAGUCCAGAAAAGAAAUGCAAUGACAGCGCGUAUGCCUGCAGUAAUGGAAAGUGCAUUGCGGAGGCUCUGCUCUGUGACCAUAAGGAUGACUGCGGGGAUGGUUCUGAUGAGCUCAACUGCUUUAUCAACGAGUGCCUGAACAGUAAACUAAGCGGCUGCUCACAGCAGUGUGAGGACCUGAAAAAAGGCUUCAAGUGCCGAUGCCACCCGGGUUUCCGUCUCAAAGAUGAUAGGAAGACCUGUGUGGACAUAGAUGAAUGCACAACCACUUAUCCCUGCACACAGCGCUGCAUAAACACUCAUGGCAGCUACCACUGUCUGUGCGUGGAGGGAUUCCAGCUCAGCGAUGAGAACCCAACCUUAUGCAAAUCUAUUUCUGACGAGGAGCCUUUCCUCAUCUUUGCCAACCGCUAUUACCUGAGGAAGCUCAACUUGGAUGGCUCCAACUACACUCUGCUCAAACAGGGCUUAAACAAUGCCGUGGCUCUGGACUUUGACUAUCGGGAGCAGAUGAUUUAUUGGACAGAUGUGAACACGCAAGGGAGCAUGAUCAGAAGGAUGCACAUCAACGGCAGCAAUGUUCAGGUUCUUCACCGCACGCUGCUCAACAAUCCUGACGGUCUGGCUGUGGACUGGGUCGGAGGGAACCUGUACUGGUGUGAUAAAGGCCGGGACACAAUAGAGGUGUCAAAGCUGAAUGGAGCAUACCGGACGGUUCUGCUCAAUAGCGGUCUAAGGGAGCCACGUGCUAUUGCUGUGGAUGUUCGCUAUGGGUACUUGUACUGGUCUGACUGGGGGGACAACCCUCACAUUGGGAGGAUCGGGAUGGACGGCACCAACAGGAGCGUCAUCAUUAAGGAUAAGAUCACCUGGCCUAACGGAUUAACCCUGGACUUCAUCAACGACCGCAUCUACUGGGCGGAUGCUCGAGAGGACUACAUCGCCUUCGCCAGCAUGGAUGGAACCAACAGGCACACAGUCCUCUCCCAGGAUAUCCCUCACAUCUUUGCCAUGACUCUGUUCGAGGAGUACAUCUACUGGACCGACUGGGAAACAAAGUCUAUCAACAGAGCUCAUAAGACACAGGGCACCAACAAGACCAUGCUGAUCAGCACCCUGCACAGGCCGAUGGAUAUCCAUGUGUUCCACCCAUACCGCCAGCCCGAUGUGCAAGGCCAUCCAUGUCAGAUAAAUAACGGCGGCUGCAGUAACCUGUGUUUGCUCUCACCUGGUGGGGGUUACAAGUGUGCAUGUCCCACCAACUUCUACCUAGCCUCUGAUGGCAAACAGUGUCUGUCCAAUUGCACCGCCAGCCAGUUUGUCUGCAAGAAUGACAAAUGCAUUCCGUUUUGGUGGAAAUGUGACACAGAGGAUGAUUGUGGGGAUCGCUCCGAUGAGCCAGCAGACUGCCCCGAGUUUAAGUGCAAACCAGGCCAGUUCCAGUGCGGCACCGGCAUCUGUACCAACCCAGCCUACAUCUGCGAUGGAGACAAUGACUGUCAGGACAACUCUGACGAAGCAAACUGCGACAUUCACGUGUGCCUGCCAAGUCAGUUCAAGUGUUCUCAUCCCAAUCGCUGUAUCCCGGGGAUCUUCCGCUGCAACGGCCAGGACAACUGCGGGGAUGGAGAGGAUGAGAAGGACUGCCCUGAGGUCACAUGUGCACCAAACCAGUUCCAGUGUGCCAUGAGUAAGCGCUGCAUCCCCAGAGUGUGGGUGUGUGAUCGGGACAAUGACUGCGUGGAUGGCUCUGAUGAGCCCGCCAACUGCACUCAAAUGACAUGCGGCGUAGACGAGUUCCGCUGCAAGGACUCAGGCCGCUGCAUCCCGGCGCUCUGGAAGUGUGACGGCGAAGCAGACUGUGGAGACGCUUCAGAUGAACCCAAGGAUGAGUGCGAUGAGCGGACAUGCGAGCCUUACCAGUUUCGGUGCAAGAACAACCGUUGCGUUCCCGGCCGCUGGCAGUGCGACUAUGACAACGACUGUGGAGACAACUCGGAUGAGGAGAAGUGUGUGCCCAGAAAGUGCUCAGAGAGUGAGUUCGCCUGCACAAAUGGCCGUUGCAUCGCUGGUCGCUGGAAGUGUGAUGGGGAUCACGACUGCGCAGAUGGAUCAGAUGAGGAUGGCUGUGAUGUAAAAUGCGACAGUGAUCAGUUUCAAUGCAAAAACGGCCACUGUAUUCCCAUCCGCUGGCGCUGUGACUCUGAUGUCGACUGCGUGGAUGGCAGCGACGAGGAGAAAUGCGACAGCAGUGUGGGCAGACACUGCUCCCUGGAGGAGUUCCAGUGCAAUAACACUCUGUGUAAACCUCACCGCUGGAUGUGUGACGGUGAGGAUGACUGUGGAGACAAUUCAGAUGAGAACCCGACAGAGUGCGUUAAAUUUGUGUGUCCGCCGAUGAGGCAGUUCCGUUGCCACAACGACCGGGUGUGUGUUCCAGUCUCCAAGCGCUGCGAUGGCGUGAACAACUGUGGGGACAACAGCGACGAGCUCAACUGCCCAUCACAUCCGUUGACGCCGGUUUGCCAGAAGAACCAAUUCCAGUGCUCUAACGGUCGCUGCAUUAGCACUGAUCUGCUCUGCAACCACUUCAAUGACUGCGAGGACUACGGUUCAGAUGAAAUGAGCUGCGACACGAAAGAUAUGACGCUGAACAGAUGCCGCAGCAACUUAACCAUGUGUGGAGAUGGAGACGAAGCACACUGUGUUAUCAACGGCGCUGUCUCUUUCUGCUCCUGCAAGCCCGGCUUCCAGUCCACCGGACAGAAUAGAUGUGAAGAUAAGAACGAGUGCAAGCAGUUUGGAGUUUGUUCCCACAUCUGCAACAACACCAAAGGCUCCCACAAGUGCAGCUGUCACAAGUACUUCAGCAGAAUAAACAACACCUGCAAAGCUGAUGCUCAGGGACAUGUUCUUUACCUCGGGGACGACAAUGAAAUCCGGAGCCUGGACCCCUCUGUGCCAAACUGGCACUAUGAGCUGAUCUUCCAGGGUGACGCCAACGUGCGCAUCGAUGCCAUGGACCUGCAUGUGAAGACAAGUCGCCUUUACUGGACCAACUGGCACACAGGGCGCAUUUCCUACUACGACCUGCCGUCCUCAUCGUCCUCUCAAAACAGCAACCGGAACAGACGGCAGAGCGAUUCCCGGGUCAACAACCUUGAGAUUCCGGAGCUGAAGAUGCCACGGGGUAUUGCUGUGGACUGGGUAGCAGGGAACCUGUACUGGACCGACUCUGGUAGGGAUGUCAUUGAGGUGGCUCAGAUGGGCGGCGGACGGCACCACAAGACCCUGAUCUCUGGCAUGAUUGAUGAGCCCUAUGCUAUUGUGGUCGACCCCCAGAGAGGGAAAAUGUACUGGGCUGACUGGGGACACCACCCAAAGAUAGAAACAGCAGCUAUGGACGGAACCAUGAGAGAAACACUGGUUGAAGAAAACAUUGAGUGGCCAACUGGUCUGGCUGUUGACUACUUCAAUGAGCGCCUGUACUGGGCCGACGCCAAACUUUCACUGAUCUGCAGUGUGAGGCUAGACGGCAGUGAUAUGGUCGUGGCUGUGAACACUUUGAAAAACAAGCUUUAUCAUCCGUUCAGCAUUGACAUAUUCGAGGACCACAUCUACGGCGUCACCCACAUGACCAACUCCGUCUUCAGAGUGAAUAAGUUCGGGAUGGGACCUAUUGAAAACCUGGCGAAUGGGAUGAACCAUGCCACGGAUCUGGUGUUGCACCACAAGUAUAAGCAGCCUGAUGGAAACAAUCCCUGUGACAGAAAGAAAUGCGAGUGGCUCUGUCUGCUCAGCCCCAGCGGGCCAGUGUGCACCUGUCCUAAUGGACGUACCCUGGAUAAUGGCACCUGCGUAGAGCUGCCGACUCCCACGCUGUCUCCUCUCUCUCCCCCCAGUGGCCCCUGUAACAUCCAGUGCAUGAAUGGUGGCAGCUGCAUCCUGAACGCCCACAUGCAGCCAAAGUGUCGCUGCCAGCCUAACUACAGAGGUGAUCGAUGUGAGAUCGAUCAGUGCAAGGACUACUGCAAGAAUGGGGGCACAUGCACACCCUCCCCUACAGGUUCUCCUACCUGCAGGUGCCUGACAGGAUUUACAGGACCUACCUGUAACCUGCACACAUGUAAGAAUUACUGCAAGAAUGGUGGCAACUGCACCGUCAGUGCUGGAAACCAGCCCACCUGUCGCUGCCCUGCUGACUUCCUGGGCGACCAGUGCCAGUAUAGAAGCUGUGAAGGUCACUGUCUUAACGGGGGCACCUGCCUGCAGAGUGAGAGCGGCGUUAAAUCUUGCCGCUGUUCUCCUCGGUACAUCGGCGCCGCCUGCGAAAUCGACAGGUGUCACUACUGUCGGGAUGGCGAGUGCAUCCCCAGGGAUGGGUUUGUGACUACGGGGGAUUUCAGUUGUCGCUGCACAGAUGGCAGAAACCGCUCCACCUGUUAUACAUGCGAUACAAAUGAGUACUGUGCGAAUGGCCAGUGCUCUAUAAAUGCCAUCACCCACCUUCCAGAGUGCAGAUGCUCUCCUGGCUGGUCGGGGCAUCGCUGUGAGUCUGUGGCCAGCAGAGCUGACAGCACCAGUUCAAGUGGACACACGGCCUCUAUCGUGGUCUCGGUGUUGAUCCUGCUGCUGCUGAUUCUCCUCGCUGUCGGGGCCUUGUUGUGGUACAGGAAAAGAAUGAGCGGGUCUAGCCGGCCCGGAAAAACCGGCUCCAAGCGUUUGCGGGCAAAGGGCUUCCAGCACCAGAGGAUGACCAACGGGGCCAUGAAUGUUGAGAUCGGAAACCCUGCUUACAAGAUCUACGAGGGUGAGCCUGAUGAUGAUGCUGGGGAGCUGCUGGACGCAGAUUUCACUCUGGAUCCAGAUAAGCCCACCAACUUCACCAACCCCGUAUACGCCACUCUGUACAUGGGCGCCCACAACAGCCGCAACUCUCUGGCCAGCACAGAUGAGAAGAAGGAGCUGCUGUCACGUGGAGAUGAGGAGCCCCUGGUAGACCCCCUGGCAUAGACUGUCCUUCAUCCUACAACCUCCCCCUCAGAACGCAUCCAUCUUCUCGCCUUUUAAAGAAAAUCUAAACUACAACAGCAGAAGAAAAAAAAAAAUCCAAACAAAGUGUGAGAGAAAAUGGCUUCAGUGUGAACACUGUAUAAAUGUACAAAAUGAAGGACUACUUUUGUAUGUGAUUGCAGUAUUAUAUUUUUUUCUUUAGAGAUUCCUCUGGUCAAAAGUAAAACAACAUAAAAGCAUUUUCUAUGAGAUUUUUAAUUUACACUUCGUUCCUCACCCUUUACCUAAAUAGCCACUACCUCUUUGAGUAAAAAAAUAGAUUAAAAAAAACAAAACAAUGAAACAGAAACAGGAAAAUCAGAAAAGAUGCUACCAUUGGAGCAGUUUUAAUUUUUUUAUUUUUGUAUGAACUGUACAGAAUCGAAAACAUGUUUGAUCUCAGCCAGUGCCAACUGCUUGUGUUUAUGUGGACUUUGAGCAGGAUAAGGAUAGAAAGAGUCAAAGUUUUCUGAAUCGGUACGUAGAAUAAUGUCCUCCUGCAGGACUGUGUAGGGGUUUGUGUAUAGCACAUGUAAAAUGUCAGUAUCAGCCGCCAGCAACAGUAUUUUUAACAUAGAUUUUUUUUUUCCCUUCAGAAAGCGAUGUUCAUUAAAUGAUUGUGUCGUCUUCCUUGCACAGAACCGCACAUUUUACGGUACAAUGUGUACUGCUAGCUUUCUACCACACAGUGUGAGGAAGGUUCAGGAGGCGUGUUGGUGUGACUGUGGGUGUUACAGUCCAUACACGGACGUUAUUAAUGUUUUACACAGUUAUGGUGGCUGAUUUGCAGAUAAAGUGGUUUGUUGUACAGUAGGUGUCAUAUCUGCACUAUCUAGCUCUAGGUUACAAAGGUCUUCCUCCAGAUGAUAAGGAAGGGUUGGAGCGUUUUGCUUGUCUUUUAUUUUCUGUUGUAAAGACCAGAUAACGCGCAUCUGGUUGUGUGAAUAAAUGUGUCUUUUUGCCUUUUGAGAAUCAAAGUCUGUAAGUUCACUCUCGCCGUCUGAAGUGCAUUAUGUUCAUUUUGUCCUCAGCAGCUGCCUCUUUAUUCUCCUCUGUGCCCUGCUGCUGCUAACGUUGGUCCUCACGCUCGGCCUCUGUCCCCGAAAUGCUGCUUCUGUCAGAAAAGCAUCAGCCAUAUCUGAACGCUGGAGUGAGACGAUAAGAGUUUUCUAUGUGACGACGAUGAGUUUAUGCUUUGCUUACCUGUUCAGUGUUAUUUUACGCUGUAUGUUUUCAUGUUAAAAUCCAGAGAAGUACAAUCAUGUUACCUAAAGAACACUUUCUGCUGAAUCAUAAAUGCGUUUCCAGGAGUUUUUUUCUUUUGGAUAAGUCAUUUUUGUUAUUUUUAAAAUCAGGAAUGACUCAUAGCUUUUAUAUAGUACACCAUGCAUGGAAACGCUGACUUUCUUCUG